CCAUCUGCUUUGUCUUGAUUCGUUCCUCAACUCUACUUAAAGCUCCAUUAUUUCAGCAGGUUCAUAUAUUGUAUGCUCUGGCUUUUUUGGGGAAUUGAUUCUUGCUCACAGAAAUUUUGGGAUAAAUUGUUUUCUUUUCGUAACCCACUUUAGGUAUUGAUACACACAUUUUCUGCGCAAUAGUUGGGAGGACUUUUUGUGCAUUUUGAGGCCUGCAUCGGAGAUUAUCAGGGUGUAAAAUUUGGGAGAUCUGGUUUUUCUUUUGCAGUUGGGUUUGGAAUCGGUUAUGGCUGUUGCGGUUGGAAAGGUUGUGGGUGCCAAUGGGAUUUCCAAUCCCAUGUUUGGAAGAAAAGAUGGGGAAAACAAAAAAAUGUGUCCCAGAAGAAAUGUUAGGGCUAUGGCGUCUGUUAGUUGUGGUAAGCUGAAAGAGGAGUUUAAGCUACUUAGAUUGAAACCUAAUGCCGGCGAAAAGGAAGUCAAGAAAGCUUAUCGACGGCUUGCUUUGGAGUAUCAUCCUGAUGUCUGUAAAGGAGAAAAUUGUGGUGUGACGUUUCACAAGAUCAAUGAGGCCUAUCAGCUUGUGAUGUCUACUAUAAUGAAGGUAAAUAAGGAAGAGGAGUAUUAUGCUGAUGAUGGUUACAUGGGCCUCGAUGAAUGGGAAGAUUGGAUGGGAUUUGAAGGUGGUUGCCCAAGCAGAGAUUAUUCUAAUCACAUUAACUAUUAUACCUGAUCAUCACCAAUUUAUAAUGGCAGCUGCAAUUAAUUAUCUAUAUCUAACAGAGUGAUCUAAUUAUUUCACCUCAAUAUUUUUUUUGAGCAAUUGCUUCCCUUUUUUAAUAAAAGGGGGAACAUCUCAAGUUAACUUUUAUAUCUGAUUAUGAUCUGUACUUAAUUGUCUAUGUAUCAAACAGAUAAAUGUAAUUAUUUCAUAUCAACAAUUGCUUUUAUUUUGAACAAUUGUUUUAAUUU